AUACGUGCGUGCGUGCCGUGAGCUCGCCCGGCACCGCGGCCUCGCCCUCCGCCCCUGUGCCCCGCCACCCAGGCCGCCGCCCCCCGCCCGCGCCGCCGCCCCCGACGGGGAGGACCAUGGCGAAGGUGGAGCAGGUCCUGAGUCUCGAGCCACAGCACGAGCUCAAGUUCCGAGGUCCCUUCACUGAUGUUGUCACUACCAACCUAAAGCUGGGCAACCCGACAGACCGGAACGUGUGUUUCAAAGUGAAGACCACAGCGCCGCGCAGGUACUGCGUGCGGCCCAACAGUGGGGUCAUUGAUGCCGGGGCCUCUCUCAAUGUGUCUGUGAUGUUACAGCCUUUCGAUUAUGACCCCAAUGAGAAAAGUAAACACAAGUUUAUGGUUCAGUCUAUGUUUGCUCCGCCCGACACUUCCGAUAUGGAGGCAGUAUGGAAGGAGGCAAAACCGGAAGACCUUAUGGAUUCAAAACUUAGAUGUGUGUUUGAAUUGCCAGCAGAAAACGCUAAACCACAUGAUGUAGAAAUAAAUAAAAUUAUGCCUACAAGUGCAUCCAAGACAGAAGCACCGGUGGCCGCCAAGCCCCUCACAUCGCCCCUUGAUGACGCGGAAGUAAAGAAGGUGAUGGAAGAGUGCAGGCGGCUGCAGGGGGAGGUGCAGAGGCUUCGGGAGGAGAGCAGGCAGCUCAAGGAAGAAGACGGGCUUCGGGCGAGGAAGGCACUGCCGAGCAACAGCCCCAUGGCGGCUCUGGCUGCCAGCGGGAAGGAGGAGGGCCUCAGCGCGCGGCUGCUGGCUCUGGUGGUGCUGUUCUUUAUUGUUGGGGUCAUUAUAGGGAAGAUCGCCUUGUAGAGGCCGCAUGCAGAGGACGGCAGACUGGAUGGACGGAUCUACCACACCAUGGGAUUUAAAUUUAUCAUAACCAUGCGUAAACAGAAAUUAAUGUAUGACGGCAUCUCACAGGUCUUGCCUUUAAAUAUCCCUCCCCAUGCACACACAAAUGCACACAAAUAUAGCAUAAUAUAACGAUCUUUUAGAGAGUUGAAGAUGUGUAGGAAAUGGAUGGGGAAGGACGGUCUAUUGCUGAAGGACGGACAGACGGAUGGACGCCAUGAUUAGCCUUAGUGGCAUCUUGUAGCUUGUCACGUCAUUCGGGUAGGCCUGGGCACAUGUUGCUAGAUCACCUCUCUUAAAGCAAGAAGCUCUUCCUCACAUGCUGGGGCUGGCCCAUGGGAGCGGGGUCCUUCAAGGUGGGGUGUGCUGUCUUUUCUUACCCAGGUAGCUUCCCCAGGCCUGCUCUUUGUCCAGGCACCGAGAUCUCCUCAGGCCUACAGAGCUGCAAGAGCCAAAGUGCAUUGCACAGCGGCCACGUCUGUACCCUGUAGGUCGUGUGGGAGAGACAUGAGUAGAGCGAUGGAUCCAGCAUGGGGAAAUCAAAGUCUGUGCUCUGUUCUCUUGAAGGGACCAAGCUAAAUUACUGUUGGUUCGAGUCGUGAGACCAAGCUGUUAUCAGUGAUGGGUGAUGCGUAUUUAGCCUAUUUCAUGAAUUUCAUCUCGUGUUUCUGCUGCCACCAGAGCACAGGCAGUGAGUGCUGCAGCCUGUCAGUCACCUGUGCUACAGACCACCAGUGAGGAGCCACUGCUGCCAUGGGCUCUGUGGCUCUCAGGUCUGGAGCUCUGAGGGGUGGGGAGGUUCUGAGUCAGGAAGUGUCCUGUUGUAGGUCAGUAGCAGCUGUCCUGAGGAGGGACGGACAUUCUUUGUGAUGACAGUCAGCUCUGGACUACCCAGCCUUCUAGGCUGUUUUUCCCCUCUCUCCCCUGUCACUCAUCCUUCUAGAACACAGGCCAGGUCUGACCUGCCUGCCUCAGGAUGAAUGAGUCAGGCAGCGGAGGGUGAAGGGCAUAGAGGGGGUAGGGUGGGGGUGGGGGAACCCCUCAGCAAAUCCAUCUGCUGGUGAUGAAGAGUCUUGACUGUGAAUUAAUUUCAUGCCAUAAAAGACCGAUCCAGUUCUGCUCAACUAUGUAGCAUCUUAAAGGAAGAGAUUAAAAUAAAGCCCCAAAUUAAGAGUCCCUUUGUCGUUUUGUCGAAUUUGCCGUGUGUGGGGUUACUAUCAGUCAUCAUUAGCGCGCAAUGGAAGGCUGAUUUCAAAAUGAGCUCUAUCAGCGGCAAACACAUGUGUAAUGAUUUGACUCUGCACACAUCUGUGUGCACGCGCACACACACAUAUAUUACUAUUACUUUUAUCAUUAUAUUUUUGGUUGGCCUCCGCUUAACAGCAGGAGCCAUCUCAGGCUGGCUACCCUUCCCCUUCCGUGACCUUGGCGUGACCUUCGGUGACAGGCCUGGGUCUGUGAGGACAAACACAUCUUAAGGAAGACCGGCCUCGACACCAGGGCCCACAUUGCUGCUGUGCCUGAGUAGCCAGCUGGGACCGGAGACCGCUGAGGUGGCGCUGGGCGGUAAGCAGCCCUGGUCUGCCCUGGUUAGUGAGUUUCCAGAUCCUUCCCAUGCACCUGAGGAAGACGAUGCACGGCUGAACAGAGAGCUCCGAGCUGUUACCUUGCUUGCCUUGGUGGCCGAGGUUCAGCAGUCUAAGGUGCUGACAAUGAUCCCUGCUGCUCUCGAGAACAGAGUCACUCAGGGCCUCUAACAGGACCUGAGGUGUCAACCAGCUCUAUGACCCAGGAGCCAGGGUCUGCAAGUGUUCUUAAGGGAUGGCUCUGUGUGCCAGGAAAGCUCUUGAGAAGCAUAGCCAGCUGCCGAGAUUAAAGCGUGUCUGGAAGCUGCCGUGGCUAGGGCCAUGGAAGGUGAUUGUGUGUCCGACGUCAGAAUGCUCUCCGUGGGCCAGAGGUUGUAGACAUACCUGCUGUAGCAGCAACAACAAAACCUCGAGAUACAAAGGUACCUUCCUUUGGCCCUCAGGAGCCCUUCCUCGGAGGGAUGAUGGUCCAAGUGUGGUAGUUGUUGGGGCUUCUUGACCAAGGGGACAGUGGGAACUCUAGGGAGAUUAGCAAGGCAGAGUGGGUAAUUCUCCGAGUUACCCCGUCACUAAAGAAUGCUGGAAGAGAGGUGUCGGCAAGAAGAGUAUUUACACGUGGGCCUCUCAAGAGAGCCGUGCAUAUUUGGGGGGUCCUUUCUGAAAAUUUCAGAGCAGAAAAACCUGAGUAAGGUACAGAGAAGGUGAACGUUACUCUUUGCCCCACAAGUCUGCUGUCUCCAGAGAGGACAGAGUCAGGAGUUCUGGAAGGCAUGAAGCUAAGAGCUAGCAGGACAGCAGCCACGAAGCAGCCGGGCAGGUCCUUCAUGGUCACAGGGCCUGCUGCUGCUCCUCCCCGUUGGGUGUCCUGGUGUUGGAAGCCCCUGCUACAGUGCUCACAGGGACACAGUGGCAGAGUCCCACCAACUAUUGAUUCAAUUUCCAAGCCGAUAGUUUAAGCCCGGAAAGAGACAGAGCGCCUCUGAGAGCGAGUGAGCACUAUUAUCCGUUCGCGCGAGGCCCGGCUUUAAUUUUCUUCUCCUCCUACUUUGCAUGUUUUCCCUCUCUGGUCUUUUAAACUGCUGGCACCAGCAGUAAUAAAUACUGAUAAAAUCAAAAUUGAUUUUUACCAGUGGACAGUUUAUGCCUAGAGAGAUGGCUUAUACCUACAUAACACAGACGGGGGGUGGGGGGGAUGAGGAGCCUCCAGUGAGCCGUGAAAAGCUAACUGCUUUCAAACAGAUCCUGGGAACAGCAUGGCUGUGUGAAGAUAGCAGGACCCAGCCUGCAGGCUGUGUUGAGUCAGACAGAACUGAGUGCAGCCAGAGCUAAAAGCCCUUCAGAUUAAUUUGAAAACAAAGCCCUGUGUGUGCAUGUGUGUGUUUGUGUGUAGCAUAUGUGCCGUGUGUAGGCAGCUUGACAGUUCCCGAACGGUGCCUGUAUCUUUUCUUUGCACACAGAUCUUGGUGUUUUCAAACUCAAGAGUCCAUGCCAAAAUGCAGUGUCAUUUGUCAUUUUUUUAUGCUCCUCAAGAUGAACUGGCCUGAGUGCAAGUUUCUAGUUACGGUUUGCAAAACCCUUUUUCUAAGGGAGAGACGGGGACACGGGACAGUUGGUUCUGUGACCUGGUCAUUCUGUAUACCUGGGUGGCACCCCCAGGCCUUCCGCAGUGUAGAGGUUCAUGAUCCCCUUGUGGCAGCUGUGUCUCCUUGGACCCUGCCUACUGUGACGGGGGUGGGGGUGGGUGGUGUGAUCAAAAACGUUGUGAGUAACCGGAAGGCAGGCACCAGACUUGUCCUGAUUACACUUGGCCUUGUUUGCUGUUCUGAGAAUGAAUGCUUCUCAGAGCCAAGCAGAAAUGCAAUUGUGUUUAAAAUCCCUCUGCAGAGCGUAGAUGGAUGGGUGCCAUUUGCAGCAUGGGGAGGUCCUGCUAUCACUCUCUGGGAUCACGACCCAAUGGCUCCCUUGGGGUUCCCUGGCCUGAUUGUACAGGGAGAAGGCCUUUUCCCUUUGUCAGCACCACCCUGGCUGCAGAGCACCUCACAGAAACCUCACAGUAGACUCUGCGCUGUACAUGGGGAUAAAAAAGGCCCCACUGCGUUAAGGUGCGCAACCUUUUAGUCGUGAACUAAAUCAGCCCUAGCCUGUGUGUACACGCUAAAGCACUGCUUGUUGGAGAUCUGCAAAUCAAUGGAGGGAACAAGGUGGAGGGAAGCAUUUGCUCUAGGCACCUCAGCUCACCAGCUGAACUGUCUGCCACCCCGAUCCAGCUGGUGUCUCUAGGCUGAGCCAGUAGAGUUGGGACUCUGGUGUGGCCCUGAACACAUCCCACAUGAUGAGUGCAUAUGGCCGUUUCCAUUUCGCUCACUGCCCAUGUGCCUGGGGAAUUAUGGGAGCUUUAGAAAGAAAAUUACCACUGCGUCUCAAUGAGGUGAGGCUGCUGUGUCUGGAGGCUCCUCAUAACUUGUAAAUUAAAUGUGAAUGAGAGAAGUUCAUUAAAAUUGGCAUUAUAGAAGUGGCCUAUUGAGGUUUGAAAGCAGCUGAGCUCAUGGUGUCUGGGCUCUCUCUAAACCUGUGGAGAAAUGCAUGAACAAAUGACAGGCAGUGGUCACAGGAGCGUAGGGUUCAGGCAGCUUGAGUGCUGUGAGUGGAUUGCUGCCCGGCUCCCAGCCCUCCGGGGGCAUAGAGGGGAGUCACUGCUCAAUGCAUGAGGCUCAGCCACUGAGAAUAUUUGUUAUUUGGGGUAUACAAGGGAGCCAAACCCCUAAGGGAAGGGACUAGUGCCAUUUCCACAGCAUCGUGGAUGUUGUUUUCAUUUAUUCCCGGUAUACAGGUAUGUGUAAAAAUCUCAAAGGCACAGCACACACAAACAUCUGUGUAUUAUGGUUCAGAGAGAUACCGGGAAGGUGGAGGAGAGGUGGUUUCAGUGAAUACAAUAAUUACCUUCAUUUUUUUCCUUAAUGGAAUUAAUGUAUUAGAAGAUGUAUGCAUCUCCUCUACAGAGAAGGAAGGAAAACUAACAGUAAAAACAUAGCUAUUAUCCACCUCACCACAAAUAUUUGCAGUUACGGAAUGUUGCCACAGUGUGAAUUCCACUGAUGAAAAGAUGUUGCUGGGGAGGAGAGAGGCUGCUGGCGCUGAGCCCUGCCACUGCCGCAUAAAUGCUGCUGUUUAUUUUGAACCAGGAAACGUUGAUCCUGUAACAAUGCCCCAUUACAGUUGCUGUAUUGCAGUGAGGGGCUGAUGCAGGUUUAAUCAUCUCGCUAAUGGAUGUGGGUGCAGGAUGGAUGCUCUGCCCUGCUUUCCCCACCUGCAUCCUGAUGAGCCUCAGUAGCCGGCAGGGCCAUUGCACAGUGGAGCAGCUGCAGCUGCAGUUCCAUCUCCCUGAUGCUCAAAAGCCAUGUCUGGCCAAAGUAAAACAGAUUAUCUGUUCUUUUCUGUCUCCCUUCAGAAGACACCAACUAUGGGAGACAAAUCAGAUCUUUUAACACAAUCUCAUUAAGGCUCCAUGCUAACAAGAGUGCAGAGCUUACCUGACUUACAGACGUGAUGAAUUAGCAUGCACACUGCACACAUCAACUCACCAGCUCUCCCUGUAACAUGGAAAGGCCUCCAUCUUUUUAAUGGAUGAGCUGCCUGCAUUCCCAUCUGUUUGCUUCUUAGAAGUAAACUAAAUUCAGCGGCCAGCCAUCUAGUGCAGCAUUUAUUUAAAAGAUACAGAAAUACUGUUUCCCACUGGGUCUCUUACAUGGCCUCAAAGGUCAGAAUUUAUUGUCUGUGAUAGUGAAACCAUGUAUACAAAACUCCCUUCUGUUCAUGAUCCAUGUAGCAGACGUUCCUAAAGCACAGUCUCUAAGCAUUUUCCUUACGGGCGGGGUGCUCAAAGAAUAAUCAGCAGGAGUCAUUUAGCGAUUGUGUGUUUCACUGGUAAGUGGUCUAAGUUGAAUGCAAAAUGCAUUGGGCCUCUUUUUUUUUUGUGGCUGGUGUUGCUUUUGUUUAUUCUGUUUUGGUUUUUAAAUAAAAUAUAUGAACUGCUGGCAUUUGGAACAUCCCAUAAUAAUUGCAAGAUAAUGUUCCUGUCACUGCCCCCUCUUCAUUGGAGGAGAGACACUAGCUCAGUAAUUCAUGUCGUCCUGUCCGGUUUUACAUCCUUUCUCAUCUCCAACCUGUGACUGUGCAUGUCAAUUCUGACCUCAGUCUCCAUCAACAUUAUAGGGACUGGGUAUUUUAAAGGAUGUUUUAGAAUGCCGUUCUUUCCUGAUCUCUCCUUUAUGCUUUUAAGCUAUAUUUCCUGUUCUGAUGUGGGACUCGUUCACAGAAUCAGGGCAGGAAAGGACUCUUCCUCAUUGUGUACUUCGGUUUCUGAUGUGUGAUAAAUCCAUGGUUUUAUGGCUGACCUUACACUUCCCAGAGGGAAGGAGACAGAUUUCUAGUGUCCAGACCAAGAGAGCUAUUCACCCAGAGUUCUCACAUGCUGUGUACUGGUCUGAUGAAACCUGCCCUGUGGCGUAAACUUUCGUAUGAGCUGUCUCCAUGUAAUAUUCAAUAAAUUGUGUGCUCUGAAUAUAUAUAAAUGA